CCCCGAGGGCAUCGUCGGGUUUUGUCGCCGCCAAGGGCUCGCCUUCCGUCAAGAUUGAAAUUAGAGAACCAACCACUGGCAGAACAUUUGGAGUGCCUGACACCUGAUUGAGUCUCAGUGCGUCCCAUCCUCCAUACGUCUCGUUAUGCAGCGUUCUGAGAGCAGUCAUCAUCUUGCGCUCUUCCAUUUUCGUGAUUCACUAAAGGCGUUAACAAAUCCUUCGCCCGUCUCAGCUUCUCUCCCUAACUUUGCUGCCACUUUCACAGAUAAUUCGAAGCUAUAUUAUGGGGGCGAAGCCAGCUCUCGCUACGGCAUGCCCUUGGCCACGCCUUCCGCUGACGAUACAUCUGGGGUAGACUUUGCUUCAUCUGUCCGAUAUCAGUCAUCCACCACCCCAUGGUUGAUAGUUUCUCUUCCUGAAAUUGAUUGGCGCCCUGUUUAUGCCCCCGGUCUUGGCUAUCCUCACUUUGAUCUGUAUCCCAGCGACGAGGCUCCUGACGCUUCUAUACGCGAGCUAUUCCAUUCUGGGCACUACAUUUCAAACAUGUUGUCUCAGUGCUACAGUCGAGCAGCUGCCUCGCCCUUGCCUUGCUGGGAUCUUACUGCCCACCUUGAACCAUUUCGGCAGCGCACUCCAACCACUGCAGACCUUUCUGACGCCAGUAGACAAACGGGGUCGACGUGCCAAUACGUAAUCAAUGUUUAUUGCGGCAAGGAUGAGCCCAGCUACCCCUGUUCCGCCAUAUCUUCACCUACACUAGCCGUUGAUAGGUGUUCUUCGUGUGACCCUACGUAUUUCGACACCGGUGAAGACGGUGGUGGAGCUACUCUUACACCUCAAGUCCUUUCCCCGACUUCUCGCAUUCAGGUUACGGACAAGGAGUACUUCCAGGUCAAUUCGGGGUCGGAAAUCGAAACGGGGCUCGAGGUGGUCACCUUUAUUCUCAGCUCUCACCCCGCACGUGGUCGUGGGGGAACAAUUAAGCAUUGCAUUAAGAAAUUCACCGGUCGUGUCGUGACGGCGCUGCGGAUCCGCCAUGCUCUUCGUAUCUAACCGCUCGCAGUGCAGUGUUCAUUGUCCGCUUGUUCCGUUGUUACGCUAACCUUCUAGUCGGAUUGUUU